AUGAGUUCCAACUCGGCUUCUGACACUUUGGAAACCAAAACCUACGGUGGUUGUGAAGGCCCAGAUGCGACAUACGUGAAGUUGGUCAGCAGCGAUGGACAUCAGUUUUUCAUCAAGAAGACGCUUGCAUCAAUUUCUGGAACCAUCAAGGCCAUGUUGAGCGGACCUGGACAAUAUUCGGAGAAUGAAAGCAAUGUAGUGAACUUUCGCGAGAUUCCAUCACACGUGCUGCAGAGAGUCUGCCAGUACUUCUCGUACAAGGAUCGCUAUACUAGUUCGGUAACAGAGAUUCCGGAAUUCAACAUCACUCCCGAGAUGAAUCGGAUCCUCUUCAGAGCGGUUCACACUCCAGCUGCAAGAAAAGCAUUGUUAGAAAAAAUUAUUCGAGUGGAUCAUGCUGGAGAAAUGGGAGCUGAUCGCAUUUAUGCUGGACAAAUGGCUGUGCUUAGUGGUUCGCCUCUGGGAUCAGUAAUAAAGAAGAUGUGGGAUGAAGAACGUGAACAUCUAGACAUCAUGGAACGACUUGCAGCUAGACAUGGUGCUCCUCAUACUGUACUCUCACCUAUUUUUGCAACGGCUGCUUAUAUAUUGGGAAUUGGCACGGCCCUCCUUGGCAAGGAGGCAGCUAUGGCGUGUACUGUUGCUGUCGAGGAAGUUAUUGGACGUCAUUACAAUAGACAAAUAGAAGAGUUAAUAGCUGAUGAUCCUGAAGUCCAUAAGGAUCUUUUGAAAACGCUGAGCAAACUUCGGGACGAUGAAUUGCACCAUUAUGAAACUGGAAUUGUGCACGAUGGUUUGAAGGCACCGGCGUACGAUGUUUUGAAAUGGGUAAUCCAGACUGGUUGCAAAGGUGCUAUCUCGAUUGCCGAAAAGAUAUAAAAGACUUGAGAUUUGCUUCAUUUAUUUUAUAUCAUAUUUUUCUCUUUAUUUUCUUACCAGCAUACCUCUACUGUGAUUUCUCAUCAAAAGAAAACC